UGCCAACUUGCCAGCUGCUUCUCUUCACAAACCUCUUGAUUCAUCUCUCUCUCUCUCUCUCGCUCUAUAUAUAUCAUUCUCAAGCUUUGUUGCGAAUCAGACAAACAUCUCUCCCACUACAUAUAUCCUCAAGUUCAUAUCAUUCAAAGCAUAGAUUGGCUCAUUUUCUCACAAGACAAUGCUAAUGAAGAUCUCAUUUGUAGUUCUUUGCCUUCUUGUUCCCAUUGUCACAGCCCAACUUCGAGUUGGCUUCUACAGCUCUACCUGCCCACAUGCCGAACAAAUUGUUCGACAAACGGUGCAGAAGCGGUUCCGCACUGACCGCUCAAUAACCCCGGCCUUGCUUCGUAUGCACUUCCAUGACUGCUUUGUUAAGGGUUGUGAUGCAUCCAUACUCAUAGACUCAACACAAACCACACAAUCGGAAAAAGAUGCUUUUCCGAACCAGUCUGUCCGCGGAUUCGAUCUCAUCGACGAGGCCAAGUCAAACCUUGAGGCUGCUUGCCCCAGAACAGUCUCCUGCGCCGACAUCAUAACCCUGGCAACUCGAGACUCAGUGGCCCUAGCAGGUGGGCCCAACUAUGAAGUCCCAACAGGCAGACGCGACGGUUUGGUCUCUGACCCAAACCUCGUGAACUUGCCAGGGCCAUCCCUUUCUGUCUCACAAGCACUUCAAUUCUUUACAGCCAAAAAACUCAAUCUCCAUGACAUGGUCACCCUUUUGGGUGCACACACUGUUGGUGUUGCUCACUGUGGUUUUUUCCAAGACCGGUUAUCAAACUUCCGAGGAUCAGGGAAACCUGAUCCGACAAUGGACCCGACCUUGGUUUCUAAGUUGUUCAAGCUUUGUGGGACCCAAUCAAGGCCAUUGAGUCAAGACCCAACUGCAUUUUUGGAUCAAAACACAUCUUUUGUAUUCGAUAAUGAGUACUACCAUCAAAUUAAGUUAAAGAGGGGUGUGAUGCAGAUUGAUCAAGAGCUUGCUUUAGAUAAAGCUAGUGCUCCAAUUGUGUCUGGUUUUGCGAGUAAUGGGAUUGGAUUCCAACAGGGUUUCGCGAAGGCGAUUGUGAAGAUGGGGGGAAUUCAAGUUCUUGUUGGACAUGCUGGAGAAAUUAGAAAAAAUUGUAGAGUUUUCAAUUCAGCAAAGCAAUAGAAAUACAGGUCCAGGGUCUUGUAGGGAUUACCUCCUUCUUUUUUUGUUGUGUGUUCCAAACAUCAAUGGUUUAGUUUCCAAAUUAUCGACAUUUAGGUUCCUAUAUUGUAGUUUGUUUCUUCUAAGUCCUAAAGGAUUUAUAUGUGAGGGUGUCUAUGGUGUAUUCAAUUGAAUUGAUGAACUGUAAACUUUUCAUAAUUAUCUAACGAUUAAAUGUUCUUUGUUUAUUUGUUU